CCGAGGUUCAAUCAAAUCCGCAAUCUAAUUUUUUACUGAACGAAGAUAGGCUACUUGCAGGGCGAGCUGACACUUCCUCCAGCGCUGGCAACAUCCGGAUUCCAGUCGAGAUGGUCAUGGCGGAGGGUGCAGCUGUUAUGAGGAGGAAUCGACCAGGGACUAAAGAAAAGGACUUCUACAACUGGCCCGAUGAGUCAUUCGAGGAGAUGGACAGCACACUGGCUGUGCAGCAGUACAUCCAACAGAACAUCCGUACAGACUGCUCCAACAUGGACAAGAUCCUGGAGCCCCCAGAGGGUCAGGAUGAAGGGGUCUGGAAGUACGAACACCUCAGGCAGUUCUGUUUGGAGCUGAACGGACUUGCUGUGAAACUACAGGGAGAAUGCCACCCAGACACAUGCACUCAGAUGACGGCAACAGAGCAGUGGAUCUUCCUCUGCGCUGCACACAAGACUCCCAAAGAGUGUCCAGCCAUCGACUACACCAGACACACUCUGGACGGAGCCGCCUGCCUCCUCAACAGUAACAAGUACUUCCCUAGCAGAGUGAGCAUUAAAGAAUCCUCAGUAGGGAAACUGGGUUCAGUUUGUCGACGGAUCUACAGGAUAUUCUCCCACGCUUACUUCCACCAUCGUCAGAUCUUUGACAAGUAUGAGAACGAGACGUUCCUGUGCCAUCGGUUCACGCGAUUUGUGAUGAAGUACAACCUGAUGUCCAAGGACAACCUGAUCGUACCCAUCAUGGAGGAUGAGACUAACCCUAACGAAGCAGAGGGCGAGAACGACGCCUGAGGACUGGGAUCUGAAGAGGAUCUGCUACACCCUGCCAAACAAUUUCAAACACAUGGCUGUCACACACGCACCCACCCACAACCACACAAUACUCUCAAAAGCACACUAAAAUCACCUGUUUUUAAGUAGAAUAUUUUCAAUAUUGUAUGAACAUCCUAAUUUAGCUUGUAUGUUUCAGAGAACAAGACAAUGUUGUGGUUAAAUGACUAACCAAUAUACACUGUGGCCAGUUAAUUAGGUACACCCAUCUAGUACUGGGUCAGACCCCGCUUUGCCACCAAAACAGCCUGAAUUCUAAAGGGGAUGGAUUCUACAAUGUGUCGGAAACGUUCCACAUGGAUGUCGGUCCAUGCAGAUGGGAUGGCAUCACGCAGUAGCUGCAGAUUGGACGGCGGUACAUUGAUGCUGUGAACAGCCCGGUCUACCUCAUCCCAAAGAUGCUCUCUAUUGGGUUUGGUCAGCAACAGUGUUCAGAUACGCUGUGGCGUUCGAUCGUUGCUAAAUUGGUAUCAAGGGACCUAACGUGUGCCAGGAAAAUGUUCCCCACACCAGUACCCUACCGGCACCAGCCUGUACCGUUGACACCAGGUAGGAUGGGUCAACGCACUUCUGCUGUUUACUCCAGAACCCGACUCUGUCAUCAGCAUGAACCGGGAUUCGUCAGACCAGGCAAGGCGUUUCCACUCCGCAAUUAUCCAGUGUUGGUAAUUGCGUUCCCACUAGUGCUUCUUCUUUGUUUUAGCUGAUAGGAGUGGAACCCCGUGUGGUCGUCUGCUACAAUAGCCCAUCCGUGACAAGGAUCGACUAGUUGUGCGUUCUGAAAUGCCGUUCUGCACAUCAUUGUUGUACUGUGCCGUUAUUUGCUAGUUAAUGGCCAGCCUGUUAGCUUGCAUGAUUCUUGCCAUUCUCCUUCGACCUCUCAUCAACGAGCUGUUUUCACCCACAGGGCUGCCGCUGACUGGAUCAUUUUUGUUUGUCGCACCAUUCGCGGUAAACUCUAGACACUGUCGUGCGUGAAAAUCCCAGGAGGCCGGCCCUUUCGGAGAUAUUGGAUCCGGCGCGCCUAGCACAGACGAUCAUACCACGCUCAAAGUCACUUAGGUCGCUAGUUUUACACAUUCUAGCAUUCAAUCAAACAGUUACUGAAUGGCUCGAUGCCUGUCUGCCUGCUUUAUAGACCAAGCUACAGCCAUGUGACUCACUGUCUGUAGGAGCGAAUCAUUUUGGUGAACAGGGUGGUGUACCUGAUAAACUGUGAGACACCCUUGGCUAGUUACUUUAUCAUGUGCUUUCUGUUUGGUCCUUAGGCAGCAUUUACACAGGCAACCAAAUUCUUAUGGGGGAAAAAAUUGCUCUGCUUGGUCAAAAGACCAAUUGGUGGCAAAAGAUCAUAAUUGGGCUGUCUGUGUAAACGAAGCCUUUGUUGUGUUCUAGGUGUCAGGAACUCUGGUCUAAUGUAGAGCUACAAGUUAAUAUAACAGGUAUUUAAUAAACAGCCUACAUUAUACAGGUUGAUAUAACAGGUAUUUAAUAGUCCAUUAUUUCUGACUAUACUGUAUAUAGCACCACGUCAGUCUUCCAUCCUAGAUUAAGGAAGUGGAAGGACAUGAUUAAUUGAAGACUAACAAAAAAUGGGUUGUAGGGUUUUAGUCCACUAAUGACUGAGUUUAGGAUUAGGGGAAGGGAAGCUGAUCCUAGAUCAACUGAGGUUAGGAUUAGGGGAGGGGAAGCUGAUCCUAGAUCAGCUGAGGUUAGGAUUAGGGGAGGGGAAGCUGAUCCUAGAUCAGCUGAGGUUAGGAUUAGGGGAAGGGAAGCUAAUCCUAGAUCAACUGAGGUUAGGAUUAGGGGAAGGGAAGCUGAUCCUAGAUCAGCUGAGGUUAGGAUUAGGGGAAGGGAAGCUGAUCCUAGAUCAGCUGAGGUUAGGAUUGGGGGAAGGGAAGCUGAUCCUAGAUCAGCUGAGGUUAGGAUUAGGGGAGGGGAAGCUGAUCCUAGAUCAGCUGAGGUUAGGAUUAGGGGAGGGGAAGCUGAUCCUAGAUCAGCUGAGGUUAGGAUUAGGGGAAGGGAAGCUGAUCCUAGAUCAGCUGAGGUUAGGAUUAGGGGAGGGGAAGCUGAUCCUAGAUCAGCUGAGGUUAGGAUUAGGGGAGGGGAAGCUGAUCCUAGAUCAACUGAGGUUAGGAUUAGGGGAAGGGAAGCUGAUCCUAGAUCAGCUGAGGUUAGGAUUAGGGGAAGGGAAGCUGAUCCUAGAUCAGCUGAGGUUAGGAUUGGGGGAAGGGAAGCUGAUCCUAGAUCAGCUGAGGUUAGGAUUGGGGAAGGGAAGCUGAUCCUAGAUCAGCUGAGGUUAGGAUUAGGGGAAGGGAAGCUGAUCUGCACCUAGGGGAAGCUUCAACCCAGAGCCAAAAACUGCAACAUUGCCGCAGGAUAGCCUGUUUACUGGGCCAGAGUUCCUACAUCUUUGACACUACAAAGACUGCUUUCCUAAUGACUUGUUUCUAUAGAAGGGGACGGGGGGUGUUUUAUGUUCAUGCCAUUUAGGGCAACAAUCUCUCACUGUAUUUAUUUAAAAGAAAGGAAUUUGAUGUUUUAUUAGUGAAUAUUAAUUAAUGACAGCUACUCAGAAAUGCCUUAGGUUUUCAAAGCACAAGUAUGUCUCAUUCACUUUCUAUAUUCUUGUGAUUAACUAUUACUCAGGCAACACAAUGAUGUGUUUGACUGUGUUGCCAUUUUGUCCCUGGUGGAUAUUCAUUCACUGUUUCUUAUUAAAAUAUCAGAUAUAUUUACAA